CCGAUAGCUCACACAGCCAGCAAUCCGCUUACUGAGCGUCCAAAUUAAAGAGGGACCUCCGCAUUUCACUUGAUUAUUCUCGACGGUCUUCAGUCGGCGAAUUAUUGAGGAAGUGCGAGAGCAUCCCGCGAGCCUUUGUUUAAAGUCCUCGCCUUGCUUGUUUUUAUUCUUUUUUUGUUUUUCCUCCCCUGGAAGUAUUCUUCUUCUUCUUAACACAAGGACGUGCUCCGUAGAUACGCGAAGAGCGACCUCGACUUUAGUAGACAUGUGCGUGAAACAAGGCUGCCAAUUUCAGACCCUCUGCACGGUUUUGCUUCUCGCCGCCGCCGUGGCCGAAAUCCACGGGCAAGUUGCAAAAGACAGUAACAGCAUCGGUAAGAGGACACUGGACCUAGACAGGGACAUCUUCACACACUCAUCAACGCAGGACACAGAAAGUGAAGUCCAUUCCAUCACUACCGUCUCACCAAUGAACAUCCCCAACCACCAGCCAGUCUUCAAGGGCCUGCUGCUUCAUGAGCAUUUACUUACAAGGGACUUCCGGGGGGACCAGCAUUUUUUUCGGAGGGAUGGCUCUGUGGCUGCAUAUCCCACCAUGCCAGGCUCUGUGUCUGCUCCAAAUGCAGCAGACCUUGUCACUCAACUUGUGCCCCAUGAGGAUGCUCCGGCUUUUUCAGAUGUUGCCUCUACUGCUACUGUGGCUGCCACAUCACCGCUGACUACAUUUUCCCCCACAACACCAGCACUGCCCGUGUCUAUGCCUCAAAAGAAAUCAAAGGAGAGGACCAGGGGGACAGACAAGGUCGAUCCAACAACACACUCACUUACCACCCAGGUGACACCAAAUAACAGAGGUUCAGGUGGUGAAAACAGCAGAGUACCUCCCUCAUCUUCACUAGGAAGUCAGCCUCAGAGUUUGGGUGCUUUUCCGGAAGAGGCCACCUCGGGGAAGAUGGAAAAGGGGGAAGCUAGUGAAACGGCACUAAAAAACAAAACCAGCCCUGGUCAUCAGCUUCACAAGCUCACUCCGGCUUCUUCAGAGAAAGACACCACAACAAUGUCCACGACUGUUACCACAACUACCACCAUCACCACCAUGCAAACAUCAGAGCCGUGUAGUCUGAAUUUCACUGACCCUGAGGGUAACAUUGAAAUCCUGCAGCAACUUGACUCGGGAGUGGAGUGUAACUACUUGAUUACUGUCUACCUGGGAUAUGGCAUCGAAGUUCAGGUGCUAAAUGUGAGCGUGUUGGAAGGAGAGCAGGUGACCGUGGAGGAUACAGGAGGUCAAGAACCCUUCAUCCUUGCCAAUGAGUCGGUCUUGAUGACUGGCUUAGUGCUACACAGCUGGAGCAACCAGAUCUCUAUCAGUCUCCGUAGUGAGAAACGCCGCAAUUCAGCAUAUCUCCUACUCCAUUACCAAGCCUUUGUGCUGAGUUGUGCAUUCCCCAAAGAGCCUGCUGGUGGAGAGGUUUCAGUGACGCACCUGCAUCCCGGCGGAGAAGCCUAUUUCAAUUGUUUCACUGGAUACAAGUUGCAGGGUCCAAAAAUGCUCACCUGUCGUAAUGCAACCACGCCUUACUGGAGUGGAAAAGAACCCCGAUGUGUUGCAUCCUGUGGGGGAAUGAUAAAAAAUGCCACAUAUGGCCGCAUCGUCUCUCCUGGUUUUCCUGGCAACUACAGCAACAAUCUGACCUGCCACUGGGUUCUGGAGGCACCUGAAGGCCACCGGCUUCACGUUCACUUUGAAAAGGUGGCUUUGGCAGAAGAUGAUGACAGGUUGCUAAUAAAAAAUGGCAACAACAUAGACUCUCCCCCUGUGUAUGACUCCUAUGAAGUUGAAUACUUGCCAAAUGAGGGAGUGCUCAGUACCGGACGUUAUCUGUUUGUGGAGUUCACCACAGACGGGACGAUGACCUCCACCGGUGCAGCCAUAAGAUACGAAGCUUUUGCGAAAGGGAUGUGCUACGAGCCCUUUGUGAAGUACGGGAACUUCAGCAGCAGCGAUUCCACCUACAAUGUGGGCGCAGUGGUCGAAUUCUCAUGUGACCCUGGCUACACACUGGAGCAAGGCUCUGUGGUGAUUGAGUGUGUGGAUGCACAAAACCCUCAGUGGAAUGAGACCGAGCCAGCUUGUAGGGCUGUGUGCAGCGGGGAGAUCACAGACUCUGCUGGUGUCGUGUUGUCUCCUAAUUGGCCCGAGGCUUACGACAAGGGGCAGGACUGCAUCUGGGGUAUCCAUGUGGAAGAGGACAAGCGGAUCAUGCUUGACAUCCAAGUUCUCCAUUUGGGGAAGAAUGACCUGCUGACCUUCUAUGAUGGUGAUGACCUGACUGCCAACAUCCUGGGCCAAUACAGUGGCACGCGACCACAUUUCAAGCUCUAUACCUCCAUGGCUGAUGUCACUAUUCAGUUUCAGUCUGAUCCUGCCACUAACAUCUACGGCUACAACAAUGGCUUUGUAGUUCACUUCUUUGAGGUGCCAAGGAAUGACACCUGCUCAGAGCUGCCGGAGAUCACCAACGGCUGGAAGAGCAUGUCACAUCCUGAUCUCAUACAUGGCACUGUGGUCACCUACCAGUGCUACCCAGGAUACACACUGGUUGGCUCGGAGAUCCUCAUGUGCCAGUGGGAUCUCAGUUGGAGCGGUGAUGUGCCAAAAUGCGAGGAAGUGAUGACAUGCCAGGACCCCGGGAAUGUGCAGCACAGUCGUAAAGUGAUCACGGGCAGUCGCUUUGCUGUUGGUUCGACUGUACAGUUCAUCUGUAACAAAGGCUACAUCCUGUCAGGCUCCAGCCUUCUAACCUGCUACAACCGUGAUUCAGCUAUGCCCAAGUGGAACGAGAGACUGCCCAAAUGUGUCCCUGAAAAGUAUGAGCCAUGCAGGAACCCCGGUGCAGCUUCUACCAGCAUGCAGAGCUCUGAAAAGGCUUUUUAUCAAGCAGGAGAGAUGCUGACUUUCUCCUGCCACCCCGGCUAUGAGCUGCAGGGUUAUGCCACCAUAUACUGUGUUCCUGGACACCCGUCACAGUGGAAUAGCACUCCUCCUGCCUGCAGAGCGUCCUCGACACAUUAUGUAAAUGAACGCAGACUAGAUGUUGUUAAUACAAAUUAUGGCACAGAAGGAACCAACAUUGCCCUUGCAGUAUUUAUUCCAACUGCUGUCAUCUUGGUGAUUGUCCUUGGGAUUUACAUCUACUUUGCAAAACUCCAGGGGAAGUCUAUCAGAAUGCCAAUGUCCUCGCCACCGUAUGACAACAUGACAGAAGAGUCAGCUUUCGACAACCCCAUAUAUGAGAGUGGACACUGGCAGACUCAUUCUAGAUACUAAAUCCUGUCAUUAUGUCCAGUUUGGCUGUUCUGCAGAACAACUAUGAGGUGAUGUCUCCUUCUGAUUCUGAGAUCUCAUCUUACUCCAGUACCCCGACCGUUCAACGAUCUGUUUUUGACUUUAUCUCGAUCCUGCCGCUUACUCACUUUUUGUCUGAAGAUUUUUUUUUUCUCUUAAGAACCACUGGUUGGUGAGAAUUUUGAAAGACAUUGUAGGUCUGUCAUGAAAUUUGUAACAUAUUGAGAAUGAAAUCCUAAAUCAUGUUUGUCUAUACCUAAAUAAUGGAUUACAGAUAGGCUACUUAAUAAAAAAGAAAUAUCCCCUUGAAGAUGCUUUGUCUAUCACUGCAUUUCAGUGAAGUUCACAAUGUUGUGCUGUUAUUGAACAACAAUUUUAUGUGUGGCUAUAACAUCUAUGUAUGUCAUAUGCAGACUUGUCAAACUUCUUUUUAGUAUUGUCUUUAUCAGCACCCCGCUUUACUGUUUAUAAGUGACAAUUGUUUACUCACUUUCAUCAGAAGAAACGUUAAAAUGACCAUAAGCUGAUGAUAGACAUUUUUUUUUUUUUGGUAAAAGCUUUAGCAGUGGUAUUUGAAAAAAAAAAAAACAUGUAAUGGCAAUCCGUAGCUGCCCAGCUAACAAACAUUUCAUAGGCUUUUUUUUUAUUGUAUCAUUGCCAUUGCAGCCUGUAUUUUCUUAUGUUCAGUUUAAUAAAAUGUCCAGGACUGAUCACCAACACUUUAUAAUAAAUCAUCUAACUACUUGCUUUCAUCUAAGCUCGCACUGCUCAUUUUGACAACAUUGAAUCAGAAUGGUAAUAACAUCUAUUAGAAAAGAGAUUUGCUGUAAUAUUCAACAGCUGUAUUGUAAAGAGGAGCAUAUAUGCUUUGCACGUCACAAGCUGUACCAUCCUCAAUAAUUUCCCGUUUUUUUUUUAUUAUUAUUAUUAUUAUUUUUAAGCAGAUUGCCUUGUCUGAUCUGUACAGGAUGAAUGAAAAAGGUUAAGAGUGUUCCAUUUAGAGCACAAGUAAGAAUUACUCAAAUUUCUUUGGACCAUCUCUGCACUAGUCAUCUUUUACUCCAAUAUUCUUUUUUUUUCUUUUUUGCUCCCCAUUUUACCUAUUUUGUGUAUUACUGUAAAUAUGUCUUUCUCUCCACAGUCAAAUCAGUUAAUCUGUGGGACAUCAUGGUGAUAUUUUUCUAAAGUAAAUUGUUGAUGACUGUCAGUGAUUGAAUGUUUUCGAGUCCUUUUUAUCGCCUCGAGUCAGUGGCAAUUAGAGAUUGGAGGAAAUCUGGCUUUGAUUGUUCAGCUCUGUUGGAUACAAAGGCCCCAUCCACCCAACAGACUUUGAAAAAAAAUAAUUGCCAUUAUUACUUGCUUCACUUUGUAUGAGUCUGCUAUCUGUAAAUAGACUGCCUGUCCAAUAUGAGUGCCUCACGACUGACUAUAACCUGAGUCAUCACAUGUGAAAAUAACAGGUACAUGAAAGAUUCAUUCAAGAUUCAUUUACUUUCACUUAUGAUUCAUUUCUAUCUUAAUGUUUAUGAUUAAGGGAUUUAAGAAAUGAUCCUGGAUAUAUUACUAUGAGCAUAUGUGUGGUUCUGACUGCAUACGGCCUCAGAGGAUUUCUCAAAUACAUGUUUUCAUUCAGGAACCAUUAGCUAUGCAUACCGCUCUUCUCAUAUCACACUGUAAAGUCUGCCUUAAAGGAUAAACAUCAGCUAGCUAAUUUGUGUAUGUUACCUAGUGUAGUUGCGCCACAUCAUUAGCAUCCUAGGACAACAAUCCUCAAAAUCUAGUGACAGCAUACAGUAAUCGGCUCACAUCCUGAUCCAUGUCACUGAGUCACUGCUUUACAAAACAAUUGAAAUCCUGCAGUGUGCAAAAUAAAUCCCUGUGCAACAGAUGGUUGUUUACUUGGGGUCAUGUUGUGGUGCAUCUGCCUGUGUUCAAUUUUGUAGAUAGAUCUCAUCUCCUUUGUGCAAAUCCUUUCUGUUCUAACAAAUCUUUCUUUCAGUAUCACAGCUGCUGUGACCACAUACAGGAAACUGCUUCAUCUUUAACUAUCUAUAAUCCUCUCAAAAUAAUAAAUUAAAUUGUUACAUAA